AACAUGCAAAUUCAAUUCCAUGGUUUUGGAAGUCCCAUUGAGAACACGAUUCAUGUGCGCUGGCAUAAUGCUCUGACCGAGAAAGAAUCGAAGCUUCCGCUUGGAAGAAAGAUUCACAUCAAGUUGACUGGUCAAGUAAAUGGGACACUGACUAACCAUACAAUGAGACUGUUUUGAUGAGGAACUUAAAGAUUACGAGUCCCGUCCGUUUGACUCAGAGUUUGGUACCAUAGGUUGGUACGAUCUUCGUUGGAGAAGGAAAAGGGAUGUUCCAGAUACAGAAAAUAGUCAAACCAUUUACUACAAAGUCCGUUUCUGGGUGGAGUUAGUGGAACCGAAAAAGAUGUCUCCCUCACAGCGUUUGUGACAAAAGAAUUGCAUCGUUCCUUGGCGGCCUUUCAACAGAAGAAUAUUCAGAGAUUUCACGAGUGAUUCUGAUGUUGGUUCCUGGAAAGCCUCCAUUGUUGGAGGACGAGAAGCCGUAUCCACUUGAAGCAGCACAGGCUUCUGCGAUGACUGUGGAAACCACUGCUUAUGCCUUGCUUCAAGCAUUGUCAAGGAAUGAUAUUGACUAUGCAACACCGAUUGCGAGGUGGCCAACGAUGCAACAGAACUAUGGUGGUGGAUUUCACUCGACGCAGACAAUAUCAGGUGAAGACGUGCGUGAUUUCAGCAAGGUGCUGAAAAACAAGUUCAGAUCAAAGAAACACUUUGCCAAAUAUACUCGCUUGAGUUAUUUACUAGUACAAACAGUUCUAGAAGGCGAGAACCUUGAGAGUACCACGCUGAGUAUUGUUAUCCCGAUAGUUCUUUCGUCUCAGUCCGUGUGUAUUCCUGGGCGAAUGUGCUCGUGUGGUCUCAGGAGUUGCGGAGGUCACGGCUCUGGGACAGCCGUUUCAUCGCCCUAUGCUGCAGAACCUGCCCCGGAAGAGAGAGCCCAGAGAAUUGCCAAAGCUGUCCGCAAACAGUCAAUAGAAGUGAAGGAAAAUUGGGAACAACUGAAAAUCCGUGCGAGCAACUGGCAGAAACAGGUGGAAAAGGCGUUGGAGAAACUUCAAGAACUGCAGAAAGUUCUGGAUGAUCUUGAGGCUCAUGUGAUAACAGCUGAGGGGGUCCACACUGAUUGGCAACCUGUGAGUGACCUGCUUAUUGACUCAUUGCAGGAUCACUUUGAUAAAACCACAGGUCAGGACUAUCUUCAAAAUCUGAGAUUGGGUUUUGAAAGACAGCAGCCUUUGUUUUGGAGAGAUAAUGGGAACUGCAGAUGCUGGAGAAUGCGAGAUAACAACGUGUGGAGCUGGAUGAAGACAGCAGGCCAAGCAGCAUCUGAGCAGCUUUCCUGGAGCAAAUCUGUUUUCCUUCGGAUGAGACGACUUUCAGACAUACUCCGUUUAUUAUGAGAUUUAAUUGCGGUAAAAUGAGGAGGAUUUUUAUUCACUGAGACACACAUGACUAUAUGUUGAAAGCAUUGGAAAAAGCGUUCUGUUCGGACUGUCAUGUUAUCUGGUGUUUGUACCAGGCUUUCCGAUUAAAUGCAAGUGAUUAAGGAUGCUACUGAUGCCACAUGUUAUUACAAGAGGAAAUGAACAUACAAGUAAGGAUUUUAUGCCACAUUUAUACAUAGCAUGGGCCAUGCAGCAUGGAUGCAGUGACUGAGUGAAAUGGGAUGCAGUGACUGAGUGAAAUGGGAUGCAGUGACUGAGUGAAAUGGGACGCAGUGACUGAGUGAAAUGCUCACAGCGAAUUGCCCCCUCCAUCCUGACCCGCUCACAGCGACUUGCCCCUGCAGUCCUGUCCCAAUCACAAGGACUUGCCCUCUCCGUCCUUACCCGCUCACAGUGACUUGCCCCUGCAGUCCUGACCCCCUCACAGUGACCUGCCCCCUCACUCCUGACCCGCUCUACAUUGAGGAAACCAAGCAGAGGCUUGAGGACCGCUUUGCAGAACACCUCCACUCGGUUCGCAACAAACAACUGCACUUCCCAGUCGCGAACCAUUUUAACUCCCCCUCCCAUUCCUUAGACGACAUGUCCAUCAUGGGCCUCCUGCAGUGCCACAAUAAUGCCACCCGAAGGUUGCAAGAACAGCAACUCAUAAUCUGCUUGGGGACCCUGCGACCCAGCUUCAAAAUCUCCCCUUCCCCAACUGCAUCCCAAAACCAGCCCAGUUCUUCCCCUCCCCCUACUGCAUCACAAAACCAGCCCAGCUGUUCCCUUCCCCCGACUGCAUCCCAAAACCAGCCCAGCCUGUCUCCACCUCCCUAACAUGUUGUUCCUCUCACCCAUCCCUUCCUCCCACCUCAAGCCACACCUCAUCCUGCCUCCUUGACCUGUCUGUCUUCCCUGGACUGACCUAUGCCCUCCCUACCUCCUCACCUGUACUCUCCUCUCUACCUAUCUUGUUUUCUCUCCAUCUUCGGUCCGCAUCCCCCCCCUCCCUAAUUAUUCCAGUUCCCUCUCCCAUCCCCCUCUCUGAUGAAGGGUCUAGGCCCGAAAUGUCAGCUUUUGUGCUCCUGAGAUGCUGCUUGGCCUGCUGUGUUCAUCCAGCUCCACACUUUGUUAUCUUGGAUUCUCCAGCAUCUGCAGUUCCCAUUAUCAGUGGCAUUUUCCUCUUCAUCGAAGUUUGUGCAAAAGCAACACGAUAUGGGGCGGCACGGUGGCUCAGCGGUUAGCACUGCAGCCUCACAGCACUGGGGACCCAGGUUCAAUUCCAGCCUCAGACAACUGUCUGUGUGGAAUUUGCACCUUGUCCCUGUGUCUGCGUGGGUUUCCACCAGGUGCUCCGGUCUCCUCCCACAGUCCAAAGAUGUGCACGCUAGGUGGAUUGGCAAUGCUAAAUUGCCCGUGGUGUUCAGGGGCGUGGGUCUGGGUGGGAUGCUCCAAGGUUUGGUGUGCACUUGUUGGGCCAAAGGGCCUGUAUCCACACUGUAGGGAAUCUAAACAAACCUGUUCCCACAUCUCCAUGUUAUAACCCUGCUGAUCACUGCACACAGAGAUGUUUGAUAACAAAAGGAUAACAAUAAUAUUCAAACCUAGUGCUGGAGAUGUAUUUUAAAUACACGGAGGCCAGUGUCGAUCUCCAAUUCAACUUUUAUUUACAAAUGAACUGUCUUCAACUUUAGCACUGCCUCAUUCAGAGAUAGUUGACAGGGUGUCAGCAUCUCUGAUGCUCACACCUCUUAUCUGUCAGCCAGGGCUCCCUGAUUUGGGCUGUUAAUAUGGAACAAUCAGGCAACUCAUAUUCUGUGAGGUUCAACUGGCCGACCUGGUCACAAACCAGUGCGGUGUGUUCAUCGAAAAUCAAACGUACUAGAAAGAUACCAUUCCAUACCAGUGUAAAGGAAGGCAUGAGGCUAAACUGGGGAGGGAAGGGAACUGCUUAUUGGGGGUGGCCCAGAGAGUAAAAGAAAAUCGAAUGGGAAGAAGACCAUUUGAGACUGAGGGAGAGAGAUGUAAUUGCCUGAAUGAGGCAUUCCAAUUGCGAAAUGGAUUUUAGUGUGUCCACCAUGUUCAGUUUCCCCGAUCUUAAUCUGUACUCCUCUUUAAAUCAUUAGUAUCUGAAAUUUCUGUAUCAUUUCCAAAUGUUCUGUCUCUAAGGUUAUGCUGUUGGAGUUGGUUGAACUGCAGAGAUAUUAUUUAUUUGCACAAGUGUGUUCAGUGAAAUGAGUUGCAUGCUAUUUAUGUAUUAUUCUUCCUGAUUCUAUUGUACGCAUACAAAUU